CAAUGUGGCAAUCAAGUCGGCUGCCGGUUCUGGGACUUCGCUUUAAGAGAACACACGUUAUUGAAGGAUGACUCUACAAACAAUACCUCCAUGUGGAAUUUCUUCAGGCGCUCGCAAAAGUCGCCAGACGACCUCCGAGCUCGAGCAGUCAUGGUCGACAUGGAAGAAGGCGUCAUCAAUUCGGUGCUGCGAACGCCCCUGGGAAACAUGUUCAGCAGUCAUCAGUUCGUCACCGACGUCUCUGGCUCCGGAAAUAACUGGGCGGUUGGAUUCCACGAAUAUGGAUCGAAGUACGGAUCCGAGAUCAUGGAAAGGGUUCGCCGGGAGGCCGAACUCUGCGACUGUUUGCAAGGUUUCUUCUUGCUUCAUUCGUUGGGUGGUGGCACGGGUUCUGGCCUUGGAACGGCUGUACUCGAGAUGCUUAGUGAAGAGUUCCCGGGUGUAUUCAGGUUUGACAUUCCUGUGUUUCCGUCUGCCACUGACGACGUCAUAACUUCGCCCUACAACACCGUGUUUGCACUGGAGAAGAUAACAGAGUUUGCAGACUGCUCCUGUCCUGUCGAGAAUGAAGCACUGAUGAGUGUCUGUAACCGCAUCCUCAAAAUGGGGUUGAAGACCAAAACAACGCUGGCGAGUUCCAAGGACUCCGUACUCUGCCAAAAAGCCCGUCCUUUCGACCAAAUGAACAACAUUGUGGCCAACUUGCUCCUCAACCUCACAAGUUCAGCGCGAUUCUCUGGCAGCCUCAACGUGGACCUGAACGACAUCUGCACCAAUCUGGUCCCGUACCCGAGGCUGCACUUCUUCGUCUCCAGCGUCACUCCCCUCUACUCCCUCCUCGAUGUUGAUCUCCCACCCCGGAAGCUGGAUCAGAUGUUCACGGAUGCGUUCAGCGGACAGCAGCAACUGGUGCAGUGCGACGUGAAGCGAGGCGUUCAGCUGGCCUGCGCACUUCUCGCCAGGGGAAGCGUCGGCAUCUCGGACAUGCGCCGAAACCUGGACAGGCACACGUGCACCACUUUCUUCAAGUGGAUUCGAUGGAGGACUGCCAUUUCGUUGACGGACUUUCCAGUCUCUCGAGCCUCUCCGCCGAAUACAAGGCAAUGGAGAACACGGACUUCAGCAAGCUCACCGUCCCGCGACUGAAAGUCGUCCUGUGAAGAGUGGUGUGCUCCUUCGCUGCAACGACGUAGAGGAAAGACGACCGGUCACAACCGACAAGGAUUCUUUAUUGUCUGCAACUGCUCAUUUCUCUUAAAUAUACUCUCAACUAAAAAUACACCAUGAA